CCUUAAAUUUUCUCACACACACACACACACAAAUCUCCCAAAUCUACUUUAUAUGUUAUUUUUCUCUCCACCAAAAUCUCUACUUAGAUAUGGCAGAUGCAUUGAACCAAACCAACAUGGUUAAGAUUUCCAACAAGAAGCGAUCAUCAGGUUCCGAUGAUCACUGGGACCAUCACGACGACAAAUUCUUCAUGAAUAAAAAACAAACAAAAUCAUCAUCACUAACACACGACGAUCCAUCUGCAGCGUUAGCCAAUGCUCGUCACGAAUUCGGCGAACAUGGCGGCGUUAACAUGUCCAUCGAAGCAUCUGCCACGUUCACAGUUAUGGAACCUGAAACGAUGCGUCGUAUGUUUUCCGGCGAAUUUGGUCCUGACCGUGAUUUUUUUAUAUAUAGUCGUCAUUUUAAUCCGACCGUGCUUAACCUAGGACGCCUUAUGGCGGCGCUUGAAGGGACCGAAGCUGCUUACUGUACGGCUUCCGGCAUGUCGGCGAUAUCUUCUGUGAUGCUACAGCUGUGCAGUUCAGGUGGACACGUGGUGGGUUCUCGUACUCUCUACGGUGGGACCCACGCCUUGCUGACACAUUUCUUGCCAAGGGCGUGUAACAUAACGACGUCGUUUGUGGACAUAAAGGAUUUAGAAAUGGUGAAGGAAGCAAUAAUUGAAGGGAAAACAAAUGUGUUGUAUUUUGAGUCAGUGUCAAAUCCUACGUUGACGGUUGCUAACGUGCCGGAGCUGAGUAGGUUAGCGCAUGAAAAAGGUGUAACGGUGGUGGUAGACAAUACUUUUGCUCCGAUGGUGCUGUCACCUGCGAAGUUAGGUGCUGAUGUUGUUGUUCAUAGUAUUUCAAAGUAUAUUAGCGGUGGAGCUGACAUCAUUGCAGGUGCUGUCUGUGGGCCAGCAAGUCUAGUGAACUCUAUGAUGGAUCUUCAUCAAGGGUCUCUUAUGCUAUUGGGCCCAACUAUGAACCCCAAGGUGGCCUUUGAACUUGCAGAAAGACUUCCUCAUUUGGGCCUGAGAAUGAAAGAACACUGUAAACGGGCCUUGGAAUAUGCUACAAGAAUGACCAAACUUGGGCUCAAAGUUAUCUAUCCGGGCCUUGAAGCCCAUCCAGAUCAUGCCCUUCUCAAGUCCAUGGCUAAUAAAGACUAUGGUUAUGGAGGAAUUCUCUGUGUGGACAUGGAAACCGAGGAACGCGCUAACCGUUUGAUGAAUGUCUUGCAAAACUGUACACAAUUCGGGUUCAUGGCUGUAAGUUUGGGCUAUUACGAGACACUCAUGUCGUGCUCGGGCUCUAGCACGAGUAGCGAACUAAACAACGAAGAGAAGGAGUUGGCCGGGAUUUCACCGGGAUUAGUGCGAAUGUCGAUUGGCUACAACGGAUCGUUGGAACAAAAAUGGAGCCAACUCGAGAAGGCAUUAUCCAAAAUGCAAGAGAAAAUGGCCUUUUAGAAUCUGAACAAAAUUUGAGCUUGUUUAAGUUGUUAAGUACUUAAAGGUGUUUAUUUUUGCUUUCU